AGAGUUGAGGAAAUAUCAACUUGCCAUUCUCCACACCUCUCUCUGGUGCCCAUUUGUUACCUUCCUUUCUCCUACCUCUUGGUUUCUCCCCAGGCGCCUCCAAGGCAGUGAUGGCUCUCCAGAAGAUCCUUUUAUCGCUUCUGCUCUCGCUGCUGACCCUGCUGGGGCUGGGGCUGGUGCAGCCCUCCUAUGGCGAGACCAGAUAUAAAAAAUUCCAGCGGCAACAUGUGGACUCUAGAGGGCCAGGAGGCACCAACUUGUACUGCAACACUAUGAUGCACAAACAGGGGAUGACUAGGCCGACGUGCAAGGAAUUCAACACCUUCAUCCACGAAAACAUCGGGACCAUUAAUAACAUCUGCAACGCCCCCAAUAUCCAGUGCAAGAAUGGCAAAGAGAACUGCCAUGCGGGUGUAGUGAGAGUCACAGACUGCAAUGAUACAAAAAGUUCCCCGCCCCCCAACUGCUCAUACAAGGCCACUGCCAGCACUAGGCGUGUUGUCAUUGCCUGUGAGGGUAACCCCCUGGUGCCUGUGCACCUUGACAGGUAGAUGCU